UAAGCACUCCAUUACAUUGCGCCGGAUGUCAUUCAUUUGAAUGGGGGCCAUCUACAGUGGAGAGGAAAUGCAAUGCCCCCUUCUGGUUCCGUUGCUAGACGGACACUGCAUACUUUGAAUUUAUCCAAACUAUGCGUCUUCUUCAGUCCGUCCAGAGUCCGUCGAAGAACAGGAAAAUACCAAACCACAGAAGAUAAAAAUAUGUGGCUUUCCACGAUGGGUUUAUGGGAUAGCUAUCAACUUGCAAAUAAUUACCCAAUCCUAUAAUAUGCUGUGCAGCCCAGCAUUCAGCCCAACCUGAGACUUGGCAGGUGAAAAGCAUUGUGGAAAAGUCUCUCUCUUUUCCAGGGAAGGUGUUGAAGUCUGGAAGUUUACUUUCUUCUUAGGGCUUUCUCCACUUCCUGUCUGAAUGACAUGCCCAAAGUAAACUACCUGUAGCUCAGGCCCUGAAGCCAGGAUAUGCAUAUAAUUGGUACACUUGGAAAGAAAACACUUUGAAGUUUGUAGAAAUGUUAAAAUAAUGUAGGAGAAUAUAAAACAAUAGAUAUGGUAGGAGAAAAUCCUAAGAGGCAUUUCUUUUUUUGAGAGACCAUCCUCUUAGAAAUGCAAGAUAAUGGACAUAUUGAAAAUUAGCUCCCUGUAUGCAAUUUCUAUGGCUUCCACAGGGUGUCAGCAGUCUGUGUUCAAGGUUUCAGGCUUGUAACCUCAAACAUGAAUAAGAAAUAUCAGUUUUAGUACAGGGACACAGUCUUGGAAAUAUGUGUUUGCGCGCGCCAUGAAGACAUUACGCACCUGCUAAAAUCGGUUUCCUAUUGAACAUUCUUCGUUCUGAAAUAAAUAUUAUACUUUGAUUCCAUUUUAGGAUAUCUGAGGAGUAAAGAGAAACGUAUUUUGACAUGUUGAAACAACAUUUAGGGGUAGAUUUUUGGAUUCCUUUCUCUGCAAGUUGAAUGAGUGGGUUACUGAAAUCAAUGGUGCCAUCUAAACUGACUUUUUGGGAUAUAAAGAAGGAUUUUAUCUAACAAAACAAUACUACAUGUUAUAGCUGGGACCCUUUGAAUGACAAAUCAGAGGAAGAUUUUCAAAAAGUAAGUGAAUAUUUAAUCGUUAUUUGUGAAUGUAUGAAACCUGUGCCAGUCAAAAAAUAUUUUGAUGUUGGGCACCGUCCUCAAACAAUCGCAUGGUAUGUUUUCGCUGUAAUAUCUACUGUAAAUCGGGGACUAAGCUCAUGAGACAUUUCUAAGUUAUAUUCUUCAAUAAUCAAUAGGUACAUAUCAUAUUAUAUCAUUAUAUUAUAAAUCCAAAAAUGUAUGUAGCAACUGAUCUUUCCCAACUUAAAGAUAAGUACCAUUUCACUAAUUCAAUUUUUUAAAAUGAUUUGUCUUCCAGAUGUUCUGUCCAAACCUCAGGUGACGGUCCAUGAUAACAUCUGUAGCAUGGUGUGUUCUGUGGAGAACGGGAGAGAGGUGACCCUGUCCUGGUACAAAGGAGGGGAGAUACUCAACCAGACCAGCAGCCCUGACCACAACAUCACCCUCGCUCUACCGCUCAAGGUGGAUGAACAGAACAGAGACUCUUACAGAUGUGAGGCUGCCAACCCAGUCAGCAAGGAGACAGCUGUUGUUCCACAUUCCUGUAUAGAGAGUGAUCCCUCUAAGGUGAAAGAUGGUGAUUGUCUUAUUGCAGUAAUCUGCAUUUUGGUUACUUUAGGACUUGUUGGACUUACAAUAUAUCUUAAGAAGAGGAGAAACGGACACUCACAUGCAGGAGGAGCGAAGAGGUAUACCAGAACUGGAUCUGCUUAGAGACAACCCUGACCUGACAUUAGUUUAAGAUACACUCCAGUUACAUCACAUGGCUGCCAGCGAGGAUGUUAACACUGCAUGAAGGUUGAGAGAGAACAGGAAGUUAAUGAGAGGGUGACAAGAUAAUUCACAUCCAAGAGAAGGCGUUACAUCCUAAAGUGAAUGUGGAGACAAAGUUAUUGUAAAUAUUUGUCUAGAAAACUUAAUGGACGCACAGUUAUUGGAGAAAAUUCCCAUUUAACCGUUGUGCUGUUAUCAUUUCCGACUUCCUUUGUUGGUCAUUCUCACAGUCUUUUGUUGAAUUGGGGCCUCGGUGAACAUCACUGAUAAAGACAAAUUCAAUAACUAUGCCUAGGGUUACUAGUAGGGUGAUCCCAUUUUCAAGUGCCCAAUUUCCCAAUGUAUAGGUUAAAAUAAAUGGAACCUCUUAAUACAUUUCACUAGUGUGUUUUCUAUGCUUUGCUGGUCAGAAGCUUCUUUUCAGUUCUGUCUGUUCUGUUGUUUAAAUGUAGGUGCCUCCCCUGUAUCGUUUUAUAGCUGGUCAUUGUUUAGCUUGCCAGUGGAUAGCAGCUGUGUACAUAAAAAGCAGAUGUUUGGUGAGAUAAAGCCACCUGCUCAUUAG